UCGUCUCCUCUGCUCUCUCAAACCAUCACCCAUUUGACCUAAAAUAUACCAUUCUUAAACUCUUUCUCUCUCUAAAUGUAAUCUUCAAAAAAAUAAGAGAAACCCAAGAUACCCAUAACAGUUUUCAUGGAAGAAACCAAACAAAACCCAGAAACAGAAUUGCUAGAUUCUAUGAAAAACAAGGAAGACAACAACAGUACCGAUGACCAGUUAUCGCCGAGGAGUGUUUUGGAGAUUUCUCUUUCGGGUUCGGACUCCGAACGGAGCAAUACCAGCACAAUCAGCAGCUGUCGGUCAGUGGUGUCGUCGGAGAAAUCGGUAUGUGAUGGAGGCGAUGGGGAUGUUUCCGGCGAAAGUAGUAGUAGUAGUGGGUCAGCAGCGUCGUCGGAGAAACUGGCCGGAGGAGUUUCCGGUGGGUUGCAUUGGAGGAGGUUGAUUGAUCAUAUAAAGAGGAAGUCUGUGAGGCGAUUGAAGACUGGUUCCAGGUACGAGCUUUCGAGCAAGAGUUUGAGGAAUAAGUUCGGGAGCAAUCGGAGUGCUGAUGAUGAGAUUGAUUGCGGCGGAGAGAUGAUGGAGAUGAUGCCGAAGCCGACUUGGAGGAACUUCAGCUACGAUGAGCUCCUGGCUGCUACUGAUUAUUUCAACUCUGAGAAGUUGAUUGGGAAAGGAGGGCAUGCUGAGGUCUACAGAGGGUGCUUACCAGAUGGUCGAGUCGUCGCGGUGAAGAAGAUAACGAAGAAAGGCAAGAACGACGAGGACAGAGUUGGCGAUUUCUUGUCCGAGCUAGGGAUUAUCGCGCACAUAAACCACCCGAAUGCUGCUAAGUUGAUCGGAUUCAGCGUCGACGGUGGCUUGCACCUUGUCCUCCAGUUCUUGCCCCACGGCAGCCUUGCUUCUGUGCUACAUGGUUCAACGGAGAGUCUCGAAUGGAACGUAAGAUUUAAGGUGGCUCUUGGGGUAGCUGAAGGAUUGCAGUAUCUGCAUUGUGGCUGCCAGAGGCGCAUAAUCCACAGAGACAUCACAGCCUCAAACAUAUUAUUAACUCAAGAUUAUGAACCUCAGAUAUCUGAUUUCGGACUAGCAAAGUGGCUUCCAGACAAAUGGAUUAACCAUGUUGUCUCCCCUAUUGAGGGCACUUUCGGAUAUAUGGCGCCAGAAUAUUUCAUGCAUGGAGUUGUGGAUGAGAAGACUGAUGUGUUUGCGUUUGGAGUUCUAUUACUGGAGCUUAUAACAGGGCGUCACGCGGUUGAUUCAUGCAGACAAAGUCUUGUGAUGUGGGCAAAACCACUUCUGGAGAAGAAUGGUGUGAAAGAAAUAGCAGAUCCUCGUCUAGGAGAUGCUUAUGAAAUUGGGGAAAUGAAGCGCGCCAUUUUGACAGCUUCGUCGUGCCUUCAUCACUUACCUAGCUCACGUCCGGACAUGAACCGGGUUGUGCAUCUAUUGAAAGGAGAAGAUGGAGUAGUGGAAGUGAAGCAAAAGUCCAUGGGAGGGAGACCAAUCCUUUUGGAUGUUUGUGACUUGGAAGAAUAUACUUGUACAACCUAUCUCAAUGACCUCAAUCGCCAUAUGCAACUUGUUAUGGAGUGAUAGGUUAAUUUCAUGCCUAAUAAGGUCCCUUCUAUUGCUUAUAUAAAGAAUUCUGGUAUUCCCGAACGGUUGGGAGACAUCGGGGGUACGGUAUUCUCGAAGUAUUGUAGAACUUCUGCUAGCUCUGAUACUCGUGGAAGUUCAGAACCAUAUUGUCUUGUGGUGGUGUCCGCUUUGAAGAUUGCAUUCACCAGAUGCUGUUUUAUUUUUAGAAGUCAAGUAUCAAUCAAUACUCGGGUUUCUACAUGUUUUAAUUAGUUCCUCUUUGAAUGUCACUUCUAUUAUGCAUAGAAAAUGUCAGAGAAGGAACACAGAAUGCCCAAUUUAAUGACAAGUGAAUAUAGUUGUAUCAUUUUGCAAUAGCUAUAAAAGUCCAUUUUAAUCU